UGGCAACGAACGACAUUUACAAAUUAAUUGUUUGAUGUUCGAACUGUAUUUCCUGCCAGCCUCAUCAUCACCAACCAGACAGAGCGAUGGCCUCAUCUUCAAGAUUGAUCUCCGUCGAUUUCGAGGUCUUUGGACACGUACAAGGAGUUUUCUUCCGAAAGCACACUCAAAAAGAAGCCCAAACAUUGAACCUUAAGGGUUACUGCAUGAACACCAAACGAGGAACUGUCAAAGGCAUACUGCAAGGAGACAUGGACAAAGUCAACAUGAUGAAAGUGUGGCUUCAAAAAACCGGUAGUCCGAAAUCUAAGAUAGAGAAAGCAGAGUUCAGGAACGAGAAGCAGAUAACUUCUGCAUCUUUCAACGAUUUCUCGAUAAAGAAAUGAGCGAAAUACGAGAAUUUCGCCACCAUCACCGCCGAAUUAACAUAAAAAUCUUUAGUAAUUAAUUAGUAAGCGGAUCUUGAAAAGAAAGCACGUUCGUAUAUUUUGUGGUAUAAUAAAAUUUUAUUUGUUUGUUUAGGAUGUUCGGUCAGGAUAUUGUGAAAUGUUCAGUUUAUUUGUUCGAGGAUUCUGGAGAUAAAUUCAAUUAUGUGAAUGUGUGCAUUGUUAGCGUCAAUAAUUCAAUAUUUGGUUCUCAUUUUUUUUGUUCUCAUAAAUGUUAUGAACAACA